AUGAACAUCUCCAACGACACCCAUUCACUUUCUCUCUUUUCUCCCCACCUCCUCUUCUCUCUCCCCCCCUACCUCCUCUGCAGCCUCCUCAUCCUUCCGCCACGCUUUCCACCGAACACCUUCCUCCCGCCAAAACCUAGCGAAACUGACGAAGAGAGACACGUACAUUUUAUUCUCUGUUUUGUCACCACCACCACCUCGCCGCUCUUUCUUGUCUAUUUUCCUUCCUCCAUUCACUAUUCUUUCAUUCUUUCUCUAAAUCUCUCUCGAUUAAAUUGCUUUCCUCUUCCUCCUCAUUCCACUCUCAACUCUUCUUUCUCUCUAUUUUUCUCAUCUUGUAACACUUUCUUCAGAUAUCUAGAUUCUUCACUCUUUUCAUCCAAGCUUUACAAUUGCUCUUUCUCUCUUUAUACUUUCUCAUGUCUGCUCUAUUCCAUACUUUCUUCUUUAUCCAUUUUUUUUCUCCUCUCUGCUGUCUUUCAUCCUCCUCUUCUCCCUACUCAUCCUAUUCUUACCAUAUCUUUCUCUAUCAUAUUCCUAUCAUGCUCUCCCUGCCUGCUGAUUUUAACUUUCUUUACACUCUUGUCUUUUCUCUUAUUACUUUUAUUUCAUUUUUCUUUCUUUUCUCUCUUUCUCUCUUCUUUCAUUUUUUCUUUCUCCCUUUCGUUUUUUUUUCUCUCAUUUUUUUUCUCUUUCUUCUUUCGUUUUUUUUCUCUUUCGUUUUUUUUUUCUUUUUUUUUUUUUUUUUUUUUUCUUUUUUUUUUUCUCUCUUUUCAUUUUUUCUCUCUCUCUCUUUUCAUUUUCUCUCUCUCUCUCUCUCCUUUCAUUUUUCUCUCUCUCUCUCUCCUUUCAUUUUUCUCUCUCUCUCUCUCUCCUUUCAUUUUUCUCUCUCUCUCCUUUCAUUUUUCUCUCUCUCUCCUUUCAUUUCUCUCUCUCUCCUUUCAUUUUUCUCUCUCUCUCCUCUUUUCUCUCUCUCCUUUCAUUUUCUCUCUCUCUUCUUUCUCUCUCUCUUUCUUCUUUCAUUUUCUCUCUCUCUCUCUUUUCGUUUCUCUCUCUCUCUCUCUUUCAUUUCUCUCUCUCUCUCUCUCUCUUUUCUUUCUCUUUCUCUCUUUCUUUCGUUUCUCUCUUCUUUCUCUCUUUCUCUCUCUCUCUCUCUCUUUCUUUUCUCUCUCUCUCUCUCUCUUUCUUUCGUUUCUCUCUCUCUCUCUCUUCUUUCGUUUCUCUCUCUCUCUCUUUCUUUCGUUUCUCUCUCUCUCUCUCUUCUUUCGUUUCUCUCUCUCUCUCUUCUUUCGUUUCUCUCUCUCUCUCUCUUCUUUCGUUUCUCUCUCUCUCUCUCUUCUUUCGUUUCUCUCUUCUCUUCUUUCGUUUCUCUCUCUCUCUCUCUUCUUUUUCUCUUUCUCUCUCUUCUUUCUUUCUCUCUCUCUCUCUUUCUUUCUCUCUCUCUCUUCUUCUUUCAUUCUCUCUCUCUCUCUCUUCUUUCAUUUCUCUCUCUCUCUCUCUUUCUUUCUCUCUCUCUCUCUCUUCUUUCUUCUCUCUCUCUCUUUCUUUCUUUCUCUCUCUCUCUUCUUUUCUUUCUCUCUUCUUUCUCUCUCUCUCUCUCUUUCUUUCAUUUCUCUCUCUCUCUUUCUUUCGUUUAUUCUCUCUUCUUCUCUCUCUCUUCUUCUUUCGUUUAUUUCUCUCUUCUUUCUCUCUCUCUUCUUUCGUUUCUCUCUCUCUUUCUUUCUCUCUCUCUCUCUUCUUUUCAUUUCUCUCUCUCUCUUUUUUUCGUUUCUCUCUCUCUCUCUCUUUCGUUUCUUCUCUCUCUCUCUCUUCUUUCUCUCUCUCUCUCUCUUCUUUCUUUCUUUCUCUCUCUCUCUCUUUUUCUUUCUUUCUCUCUCUCUCUCUUUUUCUUUCUUUCUCUCUCUCUCUCUUUUUCUUUCUUUCUCUCUCUCUCUCUUUUUCUUUCUUUCUCUCUCUCUCUCUUUUUCUUUCUUUCUUCUCUCUCUUCUUUCGUUUCUUCUCUCUCUUUCUCUCUCUCUCUCUCUUUCUUUCUCUCUCUUUUCUCUCUCUCUCUCUUCUUUCGUUUUCUCUCUCUCUCUUUUUCGUUUUUCUCUCUCUCUUCUUUCUUUCUCUCUUUCUCUUUUCAUUUCUCUCUCUCUCUCAUUCUUUUCGUUUUUCUCUCUCUCUCUCAUUCUUUUCGUUUUUCUCUCUCUCUCUCAUUCUUUUCGUUUUUCUCUCUCUCUCUCAUUCUUUUCGUUUUUCUCUCUCUUUUUUCUUUUCUUUCUCUCUCUCUUUUCUUUCUUUUUCUCUCUUUUUCUCUUUCUCUCUUCUUUCUUUCUUCUCUCUUCUUUUCUUUUCUUUCUCUCUUCUUUUGUUUUUCUUUCUUUCUCUCUUCUUUUGUUUUUCUUUCUUUCUCUCUUCUUUUGUUUUUCUCUCUCUCUCUCCUUUCGUUUUUCUCUCUCUCUCUCCUUUCGUUUUUCUCUCUCUCUCUCCUUUCCUUUUUCUCUCUCUCUCCCUCCCAUCAUUUUGAACCCAGUUCAUGUUGUUCCUCUUAGCUUCUUUCUCCUCCUCCUCCUUACUUAUCUUUUUCAAUGA